AUGGCGCUCCUCCAGCUGCAUCCCUUCCGGCUGCUGCUGCUACUGCUGCUACUGCCGCCGCCGCUUCCCGGGACGGGGACCGGGACGGCGCCCGGCCGGUGCCAGAGCCCUCGGCAGUGCUCGCGAAUCCCCUACGCUGCCUCCCGCGACUUCGACGUGGAGUACUCGGUGCCCAGCUUCGCCGCCGGCGGCCAGGUGCAGGCCGUGGUCACCUACGAGGACGAGAACGGAAGAGCGGUGUUCGUGGCCACGCGGAACCGCCUCCACAUGCUGGGGCCCGGCCUGCGGCCAGUGCAGAGCCUCGCCACGGGCCCCGCCGGUGACCCCGGCUGCCAGACGUGCUCGGCCUGCGGCCCCGGCCCCCACGGCCCGCCGGGCGACACGGACAUGCAGGUGCUGGCGCUGGAGAUGGCGGUGCCCGCGCUGAUCAGCUGCGGCUCCAGUCUGCACGGCCGCUGCUUCCUGCACGAGCUGAAGUUCGGCGAGCAAGGUGUGCGCCUGGCACCGCCCGCCUGCCUCUUCUCGGCGCUCCACAACCAGCCCGAGCGCUGCCCCGACUGCGUGGCCAGCCCGUUGGGCACCCGCGUGACCGUGGUGGAGCAGGGCCAGGCCUCCUACCUCUACGCGGCGGCGUCCCUGGAUGCAGCCGUGGGCGCCAGCUUCAGCCCGCAGUCCGUGUCCAUCCGGCGUCUCAAGGCCGACUUCACUGGGUUCGCCCCAGACUUCGUGGCCCUGUCAGUGCGCCCCGCAUACCUGGCCUCCUACCGCAUCGAGUACGUGCACAGCUUCCGGGCGGGAGCCUUCGUGUAUUUCCUGAGCGUGCAGCCUGCAAGCGUGGAGGCCGGGCCCCGGGCCCUGCACACGCGCCUGGCUCGACUAGGAGCCACUGAGGUGGAGCUGAGUGACUACCGCGAGCUGGUUCUCCGCUGCAGCUUCGAGCCCAAACGCCGCCGGCGCCGCAGCGAGACCCCCAAAGUUGGGCAGGACUACCCGGUAUUACGGGCAGCCCACACGGCGCCCGUGGGCGGCCAACUAGCCAUCGAGCUGAGCAUCAAGGAAGGCCAGGAGGUGCUGUUUGGGGUUUUCGGAAGGAGCAGGGACCGUGGGCCCAGAGAAGGCCCCAACUCGGUGGUCUGUGCCUUCCCUAUCACUCUGCUGGACACCCUCAUCGAGCAGGGCGAGGACAGGUGCUGCCGGGCCCCGGUGCUCUCAGGCCUCCGCAGAGGCCUGGACUUCUUCCAGCUGCCCAGCCUGUGCCCGAACCCGCCUGGCCUGGUGGCUCCCAACCCCAACAUCAGCUGCUACUACUUCCCCCUGCUGGUCAGCAGCAGCAUCUCACGUGUGGACCUCUUCAACGGGCUGCUGGGGGAGGUGCAGGUGACCGCACUGCAUGUGACACGCCUGGGGAACAUCACUGUGGCCCACAUGGGCACGGCCGAAGGGCGCGUCUUACAGGUGGAGCUGGCCAGAUCUCUCAACUACCUGCUGUACGUGUCCAACUUCUCCCUGGGAAGCAAUGGGCAGCCCGUGCAACGGGACCUCAGUCGCUUUGGGGAUGACCUGCUCUUUGCCUCUGGGGACCAGGUCUUCCAGGUGCCCAUCCGGGGCCCUGGCUGCCGCCACUUCCUCACUUGUGGGCGUUGCCUGCGGGCUGGGCGCUUCAUGGGCUGUGGCUGGUGUGGGGGCCUGUGUGGCCGACGACAGGAGUGUCCUGGCUCCUGGCAACAGGAUCGCUGUCCACCUGAGCUCACUGAGUUCCAUCCCCAUAGUGGACCCAGAAGGGGCAGCACCAGGUUGACACUGUGUGGCUCCACUUUCCACCUGCGCCCUGCUGACUCGGUGCCUAAGGGUACCCACCAGGUCACCGUGGGCCAAAGUCCAUGCCGGCUGCUGCCCAAGGACACCUCAAACUUCAGGCCAGUGUCCGGGGAUGACUUUAUAGAGGAGUUUGAGUGUGAGCUGGAGCCCUGGGCUGGACAGGCAGUCGGGCCUGCCAACGUCAGCCUCACUGUGGUCAACAUGACGGCGGGCAAGCACUUCCGGGUAGAAGGCCGUUCUGUGUUGCAAGGCUUCUCAUUCGUGGAGCCAGUGCUGACAGCUGUGCAGCCUCAGUAUGGCCCACGGGCUGGGGGCACCCUUCUCACCCUCGAAGGCCAGGGUCUGUGUGUAGGCAGCAGCCGGGCUGUGCUAGUCAACGGGACCGAGUGCCUGCUACAGCAGGUCAGCGAAGGGCAGCUUCUAUGUGCCACACCCCCCGGGGCUGCCACGGCCAGCGUUCCUCUUCGCCUGCAGGUGGGGGGUGCCGAGGUGCCAGGCUCCUGGAUCUUCCACUACCUGGAAGACCCUGUUGUUUUAGGCAUCAGCCCCAACUGUGGCUACACAGGCUCCCAUGUUACCAUCCGUGGCCAGCACCUGACGUCAGCAUGGCACAUGAUGCUCUCAUUCCGUGACGAGCUUGGGGCAGUGGAGAACAGGUGUGAGAAGCAGCUCCCGGACCAGCAGAGGUGCUACCUGCCCCCACAUGUGCUCAGAAGCUCCCAGGAGGGGGUGACCGGGAACCUGAGUGCUCGCGGGGAUGGAGCUGCAGGCUUUACGCUGCCCGGCUUCCGCUUCCUGCCCCCACCCUUAGCCCCCAGUGCUGACCCUGCCCCACUGAAGCCUGGGGAGCAUGCCGUCAAGUUCCAGUAUAUUGGACUGGCCGCCGUGGCUGACUGCGUGAGUGUGAAUGUGACCGUGGGCGGUGAGGCCUGCCAGCACGAGUUCCGGGGGGACGUGGUCAUCUGCCUCCUGCCCCCUUCCCUGGAGCUCGGUGAGACAGGAGCCCCACUGCAGGUCUGUGUGGACAGUGUGUGUCAUGACCUGGGCAAGGUGAUGCGGCGAGGCCCAGAGGGAUUCCUGCAGGGCAUACUCCUUGGGCUCUUAGUGGUCUUGAUCCUGUUUGUGGCUCUAGUGGCCCUCGCUUUGUUCUUCAACUACCGGCGGCGGAAGAAACAGCAAGCCCUUUCUCCCAACCUGGAUGACCUGGCAUCCCUGGACCGGACCUCUGGCGGCAUCCCACUGCAUCUGCUGCGCUCGGGCUCCGACUACAGAAGUCACCUUGAACCCCCUGACACUGGGGCUCUGGACCCUACUGCCCGGAUCCACAGAGGGUCCUUCUCAGACGACAGGGACGAGCCCCAUGCCCCGCUGCUCCAGAGCAAGUCCAUCCAGCUCCGGGACCUCGACUCCACGCUCCUGGCGGAGGUCAAGGACGUGCUGAUUCCCUUCGAGCGAGUGGUCACCCACAGCGACCAAGUCAUUGGCAGAGGCCACUUUGGAGUUGUGUACCACGGAGAAUACACGGAUCCAGCUCAGAACCGAGUCCACUGUGCUGUCAAGUCUCUGAGCCGCAUCACCGAGGUGCAGGAAGUGGAGGCCUUCCUGCGGGAGGGGCUGCUCAUGAGCGGCCUGCACCACCCGCAUGUGCUGCCCCUCAUCGGCAUCGUGCUGCCCCCUGCGGGCAUGCCCCGGGUGCUGCUGCCCUACAUGUGCCAUGGAGACCUGCGCCAGUUCAUACGCUCCCCUCAGCGGAACCCCACCGUGAAGGACCUCAUCGGCUUUGGCCUGCAAGUGGCCCGGGGCAUGGAGUACCUGGCGGGGAAGAAGUUUGUGCACAGGGACCUGGCUGCUCGGAACUGCAUGCUGGACAAGUCUUUCACCGUCAAGGUGGCUGACUUCGGGAUGGCCCGGGGCACCCUGGACAAGGAGUACUACAGUGUCCGGCAGCACCCCCACGCCCGCCUGCCAGUCAAGUGGAUGGCACUGGAGAGCCUACAGACCUAUAAGUUCACCACCAAGUCCGACGUGUGGUCAUUUGGUGUGUUACUGUGGGAGCUGCUGACACGGGGUGCCCCACCGUACCCGCACAUCGACCCCUUUGACCUUACCUACUUCCUGGCCCAGGGUCGGCGCCUGCCGCAGCCAGAGUACUGCCCUGAUGCCCUGUACUUGAUCAUGCAGCGUUGCUGGGCCACAGAGCCAGGGACACGGCCCACCUUUGGGGCGCUGGUGCAGGAGGUGGAGUCUGUGGCGGCCACACUGUGUGGGGACCACUAUGUGCAGCUGCCCGCAACCUACGUGAACCUGGGCCCCGGCGCAGCAGAGGGGACAAUCCCACCCGUGGAGCAUCGGCCAGCCCCGUCGCCUUCCGUGUGUAGGAGCACCGGCCAGCCCCGGCCCCUCUCAGAGCCACUGCCACUCACAUAGCCACAGCUCCGGGCCUCCGGGGGAAGGACCAGCCUAGUGCUUGCCACCUGUGCCCAAGUUGCCCUGGGGCAUGUCAGGUUGGAGAGAGGGCCCAAUUGCUCUGGCCUUGACUUCCAGGGAAGAUAGGGUGUGGGCAGGGCACAUCCCAUCCUGCCACGCACCCCACAGAGGGAGGAAGUGGGGGGAUCCUUCGUGGGAGCGGCACUGAUGAAGCUCGUGCCUGCUGGGUGCCUAGCUCUCUGGACUUGGGGGGACUCAAGAGACUCAGUGACCUCACGCACACCGGCUGUGGGAGCAGCAAAUGUGCGAAUGGAUAUCUAAGUACGAACUAGUAAACACUCUGCGAGCAAAAGA